CGCGCGGAUCGAGGCGCGUGCGGCGGCGGUUCCUUUCGCGCCACGAGUAGUUUUUUUCCCCUCAGUCAGUCAGUCAGUGAGAAGUUGAGAACCGCUCAGGCGGAGUUCAGUCUCCCGCUACUACUCUGUGUCCGGGACAGGACCAAUGUUUUACCGGCUUUAUUUCUAAUGUUCCUGUGCUGCAGGACACACUCAUUACCGCCCGGGAGAAUCAUGAUAAUGGGCAGCACGACACGGGGGGAAUUACGGACCCUGGACGUUAAGAAGCUCCGGAUUUAAAGGACAGGACUGUCGGGACAGGAAGGAAACAGUCCUCCACUCCUAUGGCCUGAAGUCUCAGACAUCUUCCCUGGUAGCAGCUCAUGGAUUUCCUGGUGGAAUAUGGCCUCAACGAGACCCACCGCGACAACACGAGCGAGGCGUUCAAUGGCACGGACGUCGAAGCCAAGCACCAGUACAACUACUACGCCAUGCUCUUGACGCUGCUCAUCUUCGUCAUCGUCUUCGGCAACGUCCUGGUGUGCAUGGCCGUCUCGAGGGAAAAAGCACUUCAGACCACUACCAACUACCUGAUCGUAAGCCUUGCUGUAGCGGAUCUCUUGGUGGCCACUUUGGUUAUGCCCUGGGUGGUGUAUCUGGAGGUGGUGGGCGAGUGGCGCUUCAGUAAAAUUCACUGUGACAUUUUUGUCACUCUGGACGUCAUGAUGUGCACCGCCAGCAUUCUUAAUCUGUGCGCAAUUAGUAUUGACAGGUACACGGCCGUUGCCAUGCCACUGUUGUACAACACUCGGUACAGCUCGAAGCGCCGCGUCACCGUUAUGAUCUCUGUGGUUUGGGUUUUGUCCUUUGCCAUCUCCUGCCCCCUGCUGUUCGGGCUGAACAACACAGGUGAUGGUUUCUUCCUUUCUACACGUGAAAGCAGCGACACGCGACGACGCCGUAUGCGAGAUCGCCAACCCGGCCUUUGUGGUCUACUCGUCCAUCAUGUCUUUCUACGUGCCCUUUAUCAUCACCCUUCUGGUCUACGUGCAGAUCUACGUGGUUCUGCGCAAGCGUCGGAAACGAGUGAACACCAAGCGCAGCUGCCAGAGGACGGAAGCAGAGCCUCAGCUUCCUCUCAAGGAAAAGUGCACUCACCCGGAGGAUGUAAAACUCUGCACAGUCAUUGUAAAGACCAACGGGAGCAUGCCUGCCAAAAGCAAGAAAACACUGGUGAUAAAGGAGGUGAUGCAGCAGGACAGCAAUGUGGAGGUGGGCCUAAUGGCCAGCCACAGUCCGCCGGAAAAGCUGAAGCUGGCACCCGCUGCAGCAGGCUCCACGAUGGCCAGUCAGAGUCGCGCUCCUCCUUUGCAAGACGAGUGGCAGCCUGGAAGCGACGAGAAGAACGGCCAUGCCAAAGACACGCAGAUGCCGGCGGGAGCCAAAGCUUUCGAAACACAGACCCUGUCCAACGGCAAGACACGCACCAACGUCACCAAGCCCAUGAGCAAGAGAAAGAUGUCACAGCACAAGGAGAAGAAGGCCACCCAGAUGCUCGCCAUUGUUCUAGGAGUUUUCAUCAUCUGCUGGCUGCCCUUCUUCAUCACUCACAUCCUAAAGACCCACUGUGUGAGCUGCUACGUGCCUCUGGAAAUGUACAACGCCUUCACGUGGCUCGGAUACGUGAACAGCGCCGUGAACCCCAUCAUAUACACCACUUUCAACGUGGAGUUCCGCAAGGCUUUCAUGAAGAUCCUGCAUUGCUAAGCGCCCUUUGCGUGAGCGUAAGGUUAGUGCCAUCGUUUUCUCCUCUGUCUGAGGUGGAAGACUUUUUUUUUUUUUUUUUUUAAAGGACAGAAUAAAUAUCACAGACACCAGGGCUUUUCAGCUUGACUCAAAUGAAUGUAAAUCCGGAGGUUUUUAUUUGGAGGUUCGAAGCUUUGUAGUUUUUAAAAGCCUCUGAAAGGAGCCUCUGGCUAAAAGAGCAGGGGAGAGAGCGUGAGAGAGAGACAGUGUGUGUGUGUGUGUGUGUGUGUGUGUGUGUGUGUGUGUGUGUGUGUGUGUGUGUGUGUGUGUGUGUGUGAAGAAUUACGCAGUAUGGAACAGAAGAACUGCAGUAGGGGUCCAGCACCCAUGGCUAGAGCCCUCUUUAAUUCCUUUUUUCGUGAUCUUCAUUCAUCUUUCAACCUCUUCUUUUUGUUCUUCUUCACUUGUGGAAGUACAAUGAAACGUCAUUUCUCCAGAAAAGGCUUUUAAUGGGCUUUGAGCAUUCCUAUUGGCUUUCACAUUCAUGAAGCUCUAGAAAACACAGACUGUAAAAUGUCACCGUUGUGAGUGUGUCAAAAUAACCAGAAACGCAGGAGACGCAACUACAUGAAGAAACUGUUUCGAAGACCCAUACAAUUUCUUUCUUUUUUUUUUUUUUUUACUUUAUUACAUUCCAUAGAGAUGAUAUCUUCUGUAUGAACAAUUGUUCUGGUUUUGAAUUUGGAGUCUCCUGUGCUCCAUGGGUAACAUUUUUUUUUUAUUUGAAUGCUUUAUUUUUAUGGGCAGACAAAUAAAUCAACCCCUAUAGAACGACCUCCAGCACCCAACAAAGUAUUUAAUGCUGAAUAACGAAACAAUGAUACCCUGAUAACCUAAUGGCAGAAUGUGUUGGGAACAAAAUGCAUUCGAAGAACCAGGCAGCAGUGCAGAGCAGUGAGGAUUAUUUCUCAGUAGACCUUCAGAGAAGUUCAGAAAAAAAAUCUAAUACACUCAAUCCAUUAUGUUUAGCUUUAACAGGACUCUGAGAUUGUAGUCUAUCCAGCUGGGGUAGAGACUGGGAUGCGUGUGUGUGUGUUUAUAGGGUUUUUCAGUAAGUGGUAACCUUUUGAAAGAAAUGUUUUCAGGCUAAAUUUAUUAUUAUUAUUAUUAUUAUUAUUAUUAUUAUUUGUAAAUCUAACAUGUACAAUAACAUUAAAAAAUAAGUUGAUCAUUCAGCUUUUGAUCUUGGCCCUGGUGCACAUACACUAUAUGGACAAAAGUAUUGGGACACCUGACCUUUCCUGCCGUAUGUGGUUCUUCUCCAAACUGUUGGAGGAAACACUAUUGUACAGGACGUAUUUGGAUGCGGUAUAACAUAAUUUUGCGUUCGCUUGGAAACGCAAACCUGCUCCAGCAUGGCGAUGCCCCUGUGCACAAAGUGAGCUCUCUAAAGAUCUGCUUUACAUGCUUUGGAGAGGAAGCUCUUGAGUGGCCUGCUAUAGAGCUCUGAUCUCAUCCCUACUGAACACCUUUAGGAUGAAUUUGAACACCGACUGCAUCCCAGGCCUCUUUACCUUCUCACCUUUCUCAAAAAGCAGAUGCCAGGUGUCUGCAAACUUUUUGCAAUAUAGGGUGUGAACUGCAUUUGCACGUUUUUCUUGUUGUACUACGGAAUGAGGCAUUUUAUCAAAGCAUAUAAUCCUAAAGCAAAGCAAUAAACAAGAUGUGCAAAGAUUUAUCUAAGGUGAAGAAAAUGAGACUCUUUGAUCUUGUUUAAUUUGUCCACAGUAGCUCGAGCCCGUAAAACGCUUUGUCUAAUUGUCGUUAGAGGAGAUUUUUCUAGGUGCGUCAUGUCCAAACCGUGGCACAAACACGCCCGGGCAGAUAAAUCAAUAGUGUGGGCAGAACGAAAAAAAAUAAUCAUUUUUAUUCGAAAAGCAAAGCGGAUUUGUGAGGAUCAAAAACAGAUUAAUUAAGGAAUCAUGAAUGAUAUGAGGUUUGCACAAUGUUCUAGAAAAUAAAAACUCUCGUAUCACUUCAGGCCCAGAAAUGCGCUGAUGCCGUAUAAACGGUUAUAAAUAUAUAAAAGGGUUGUUUUUUUUGUAUGCUUCAAGCCUUUCACAGGAACCAGUAUUAUCGCCGAGGGAUUUCUCCUUUAUCAUUGCUGAUGUCUGUUUUGUUUAGGUUUGUGUUAUUGAUUUGCAUAUGUAUUUGUUUAUUAUGGGAAUACAAAUUGGAUUUCUUUUGUAUGUUAAAUGGACUUUGCAGACAAAUACAUGGCUACAAAAAGCCAAUAAAAGGCCUUCCACACACACACACACACACACACACACACACACACACACACACUAUAUUGUUUUCCAUGAACCAACGGCAUCACAAGGACACUGUAACUGUAUAUAGUGCAAUUAAAACGAAGCCCAUGACAAAAAUGAUUAUGCAUGUCACACUGAUUCUUCACAACCUAUACCUACUGUAUUUCAGCUCUACAAUACAAAGUUAUUUACGCAUUGUUAAGUUUGGAUCUGUUUUUAUUUUUGUCUCCUGUAUACAACAACCAAAAAAAUAAUAGACAUCCCGACGUGUAUUAUGUGGGAUAAUCCAUCAUGUGUCUGCUAAAAAAAAAAAGCUCCAUGCUCAUGUGUGCAAUAUUUAUUUAUUUAUUUUUUCCAUGACGGUUUGAAAGUCUGGAUGAGAAAGUACAGGCUCGACAUGUUUCUGUCCACGAUGGAUGCAAAAGUGUUCACUCGCAUCACGGGAACGGAGCUAGCAAAGGAUUCUUGCACAAUUCUUUUGCUCACGCUACAACCGGACAUUUCUCGGGUUUUGGAGACUGAAAGGAAAUGAUAAUGACAAUAAAACAGAAACGAUCAUCUCAUGCUGCUGAAAGAUUCUCGAAAAAAUGGCAAAAAAUAAAUGAAUAAAAAAAUAAAAAAGAGCAUCAGAGGUUUUAUCAUGAGUGGCAGCAAAAAUAUAUUUGAAUGAGAGCUGCAAGCGUGCCUACAGUAACGGUUUGAUUUAUGUAUCUAUGAUUUAAUAUUUAUUAUAUUUUUUUCAUUCAUUUAUUUUGCUUGUGUUUAUUUUUAUAUUUAAUAUUUUCGUUUGUACAUGAUAAAAAAAAAGCUGAUUUUGGAGACAAAAACAGCGAGAUUUAUUGAUUUGUUCUUAUUUAUUGAUUACUAUACGUCUGCAUGACGACUUGUGACUACCUUCAACUCAUUUCAUGCUUUUCUUUUGCAGUAUAUGUUUUUAUUAUAAUUAUUAUCAAAAGGAAUGUAUAUGUAAAGACAAAAGAGAUUUUUUUCUUUUUAUUUCAGAAAAGUGUGUGUAUGUGUAUAUACUGUAUGUAAAUCAGUUUUUUUGUUCACGUGGUCUUGUCUGUGUUGAUUAUCGUAUAUACACGUGCAUACUACGUGCAUAUUAAACUACGUGUACUACACGGCCAUGGACGUUUUGCCUUUCGAAGGGAUCACUUUUGCAUCGAUUCGUUUCAAGUCGACGGUACGUGAUUAUUUUUGUA